GGUAAGCCGACAAGCCGGGGGUUGCGGGCAUGGCCGAGGCCAGGAAGCGGCGGGAGCUGCUUCCCCUGAUCUACCAGCAUCUGCUGCAGGCGGGCUAUGUGCGGGCGGCGCGGGAAGUGAAGGAGCAGAGCGGCCAGAAAAGUUUCCUGACUCAGCCUGUAACCCUUCUGGACAUCUAUACACACUGGCAACAAACCUCGGAGAUUGGCCAGAAGCGGAAGGCAGAGGAAGAUGCAGCCCUGCAGGCCAAGAAGACCCGCGUGUCAGACCCCAUUAGCAGCUCAGAGAGCUCAGAAGAGGAGGAGGAGGAGGCGCAGGAGGCAGCAGCGGGAACCACCAAAGCCAUCCCGGCACUAGCAUCUACCAACUCCUCAGCCACGGGGAUGGUUUUGCCUUCAAGUGUGAAAGAAAAAGCCAAGGCAAAGACCAAGAAAGCCAGCAAGACGGUGAACUCCACGGCACACCCUGCCUCCGCGAAGGCAGUGGCCCACCUCCUCACCAGGAAGUUACCCCAGAAGGCGUCAGGGCCCUCGGCAAAUACCGUCCUGGUCUCAGAAACUGAGGAGGAGGGCGGUGUCUCGGCCCUCAGAACCACUGCCAAGCCUGGAAUGGCGGCCGCCAGCCAGGCCGCCAGCUCCAGCGAGAACACCUCCAGCUCGAGCGAUGAGACGGACGUGGAGGUGAAACCUGCAGUAAAACCACCACAGGUCAAAGCCUCAGCAGCUGCGGCCAAGGAGUCUCCAAGGAGAAGGGCAGCCCCGACCCCAGGGAAGGCGGGAUGUGUGACACCCCAAGUCAGAGGGGAUGCCAUGACCCCAGCCAGCAGGGCCACGAAGCCAGAAGAGGUCUCAGAGAGCAGCGAGGAGUCCGAGAGUGAGGAGGGGGCCCCUGCGGGGACACCCAGCCAGGUGAAGGCCUCCGAGAAAACUGUCCAGGUCAGAGCUGCCUCGGGUCCUGCCAAGGGGGCCCCUGGGAAAGGGGCCACCCCAGCACCCCCUGGGAAGGCAGGGAGGCCAGAGGAGGACUCGGAGAGCAGCAGCGAGGAGUCGGACAGCGAGGAGGAAACGCCAGCUGCCCAGACCGUGCUGCAGGUAAGGCCUGGGGAGGGAGAGUCCCACAGCCGGCGCCCCAUCCCAGGAGGCCUUCAGAGGGCUUGUUCUCCCGCUCCGCACGCGCCCCAGCCAUGCUCAGAGCCCUGCGCCUUCUCCCCAUGUGGUGUUGUGGUGUCUGCGGUGUCCUUAACCCUGUCUGCUCUCCUGUGUUUCCUCACGCCCACCGUCUGGGCUCCCUCCCUGAUACUGUUUCUCUCGCUCCAGGCAAAGCCCUCAGGGAAGCUCCCCCAGGUCAGAGCCACCGCAGCAGCACCUGCCCAGGUGCUUUCCCCUAGGAAAGGGGCCCCUUCAGCACCCCCCGGCAAGGCAGGGCCUGCAGCCAUCCAGGCCCAGACCAGGGGGCAGGAGGAGGACUCAGAGAGCAGCAGCGAGGAGUCAGACAGCGAGGGGGAGGCAUCCACAGCCGUGCCCCACACCACGAGCCUGGCUCAGGCAAAGCCCUUGGGGAAAAGCUCCCAGGUCAGAGCUGCCUCAGCCACAGGCACGGGACCCUCAGCCAAGAGCGCUGUCCCAGCGCUUCCUCGGAAGGCAAGGGCUGUAGCCGCCCAGGUGGCAAAGUGGGAUGAGGACUCGGAGAGCAGCAGCGAGGAGGAGUCGGACAGCGAGGGGGAGGCGGUGAGGGCAGCGGCCUUGGCCCAGGCAAAGUCCUCGGGGAAAGUCCUGCAGGGCAGACCUGCCUCAGGUCCCACCCAGGGCCCCCCUCAGAAGGCCGGGCCUGCAGCCGCCCAGGUCGAGGCCAAAAGGUCCAAGGAAGACUCGGAGAGCAGUGAGGAGGAGUCAGACAGUGAGGACGAGGCCCCCACAGCCAAGACCCCAGCCCAGGCAAAAUCAGCUGUGAAAACUUCUCAGACCAAGGUCUCCCCAAGGAAGGGCACCCCCAUUACACCCGCAUCUGCCAAGGUCCCACCAGGGCAAGUAAGUUCACCAGCCCCCUGGAAAGCAGGAACGGUGACUUCGCCAACCUGCACAUCAUCCCCAGCCGUGGUCAGGGGCACCCAGAGGCCAGAGGAGGACUCUUCAAGCAGCGAGGAGCCGGAGAGCGAGGAGGAGACAGCUCCUGCCGCAUCCGUGGGACAGGUGAAGUCUGUAGGGAAAAGCCUCCCGGUGAAAGCUGCCUCGGCACCCACCAAGGGGCCUUCAGGGCAACGGACCACCCCAGGGCUCCCUGGGAAGGCAGGGCCUGCAGUGGCCCAGGUCAAAGCUGAGGUGCCGGAAGACUCAGAGAGCAGUGAGGAGGAGUCGGACAAUGAGGAGGUGGCCUCAACUGCAGCACAGGUGAAGACCUCAGUGAAAACCCCUCAGACCAAAGCAAACCCAGCUGCCACCAGAGUGGCUUCAGCCAAAGGGGCAGCAUCAGCUCCUGGAAAAGGGGCUUCUGCAGCUGCUCAAGCCAAACUGGGGUCCCCAGCCAAGGUAAAGCCACCAGCAAGAGCCCCCCAGAGCAGUGCCGUCUCGGGCAGGGGCCAGGUGUCUGUGCCGGCUAUGGGGAAGGCACUGGCUGCAGCAGCCCAGGCCCAGCUGGGGCCGGUCAGGGGCCCACAGGAGGACUCGGAGAGCAGUGAGGAGGAGUCGGACAGUGAGGGGGAGGCACCCGCUCAGGCGAAGCCCUCAGGGAAGACCCCCCAGGUCAGAACUGCCUCAGCCUCCACCAAGGGGUCCCCCAGGAAAGGGGCUGCCCCAGCACCCCCUGGGAAGGCAGGAGCCCCAGCUGCCCAGGCCGGGAAGCGGGAAGAGGACUCGGAGAGCAGCAGCGAGGAGGAGUCAGACAGUGACGGGGGGACGCCGGCAGCUGUGCCCCCAGCCCAGAAGGAGGGCAUCUCCAAAACUGCCAGAAGCAAGACCCUGGCCCCAGCGCCCCCGGAGAAGAAGGCAGAGGGGUCCUCAACCAGCAGUGAUGAGCUGCCAGCGAGACAGGUGAUUAAAACCCCUCUGAUUUUUGUCGACCCUAAUCGUAGUCCAGCUGGCCCAGCUGCUACCCCCGCCCAAGCCCAGGCUACAAGCACCCCGAGGAAGGCCCAGGCCUCAGAGAGCACACCCAAGAGCUCCUCUGAGAGUGAGGAUGAGGACGUGAUCCCCGCUACGCAGUGCUCGACUCCUGCCAUUAGGACCAGCGUGGCGACUGUGCCCACGGCCCACCCCAGGGCAGCCCUCAGAACCAGCAUGGUGGGGGCCGGCAGCAGUGAGGACACUAGUCGGGUGUCUGAAGGCAAGAAACAGGAGACGCCAGCCACUCAGGUAACAAAGAGGAACCCAGCUCACCUCCCGCUGACCCAGGCUGCCCUGAAGGUCCUUGCCCAGAAAGCCAGUGAGGCCCAGCCUCCUGCUGCCAGGACCCUGUCUUCAAGUGGGACCGACAGUGCUCUGGGAACACUGCCCAUGACGAGUCCCCAGAGCACCCCCGCGCAGGCCAGAGGGGCCAACAAGCUCAAAAAGCCUGAGGUUCCUGCAACCCAGCGGGCCAUAGCCCCUCCCUCGGGACGCCCCAAGGCCAAGGCCCCUGGGACCUCAGGUGACAGCAAGGAGAGCAGUGGCACCUCUUCAGGGAGUGAAGAAGAUGCUGAGGGGCCCCAGGUGGCCCCAUUGACCCACAGGCCAGUAGGCCCAGCCCCCUCCAGGAGGGAGACCUUGGUGGAAGAGACCACAGCAGACUCCAGCGAUGAUGAGGUGGUGGCACCUUCCCAGUCUCUCCUCUCAGGUUAUGUGACCCCUGGGCUGACUCCGGCCAGUUCCCAGGCUUCAAAGGCCACUCCCAAACCAGACCCCAACCCCUCGGUUUCCUCUACUCCGGCCACCAGAGAUGCCCCGGACUGCAAGCAGGAAGUAGAGCCCCAACAAGCAGCAGGCAUCAUGUCCCCUAAAACAGGCAGAAGAGAGGCUAGCGCCACACCUCAGAAGCCCCAGAAGACCGGGAAGGGGCCCAGGAGCCCCCAGGCCUCCAUGCUGGCGCUGCAGAGCGACAUCACCCGGCGCCUGCUGAGUGAGCCCUGGCCCCUGAGUGAGGCGCAGGUGCAGGCGUCGGUGGCGAAGGUGUUGGCGGAGCUGCUGGAGCAGGAGAAGAAGAAGGCUGUGGGUGCCGCCAAGGAGGGCAGCCGAAAGGGCCGCCUGGGCAACAAGCGGAAGCUCUCCGAAGACCAGACGGCUGCCGGUGCCCCCAGGAGCAAGAAGAAGAAGCAGCUGGCGGCUGGGGAUGGUGGGGAGCGUGCGGUCUCCCCAGAAAAGGCCCCCAGGACUUCCAAGGGGAAAUCCAAGAGAGACAAAGCGAGUGGUGACAUCAAGGAGAAGAAGGAGAAGGAGUCUCCCGGCUCCCAAGGGGCCAAGGAGAAGCCAGAAGGGGAGCCGGGGAAGGUGAAGGGUGAGGGGGGAGACCAAGGCAACCCAAAGAGCAAGAAGGAGAAGAAGAAAGCCGACAAGAAAAAAAAAGACAAGGAAAAAAAGGAAAAGAAGAAGAAAGCAAAAAAGGCCUCAACCAAAGACCCUGACUCACCAUUGCAGAAGAAGAAGAAGAAAAAGAAGAAGACGGCAGAGCAGACUGUCUGAGGGACACCAGGCGGCAGAAGAUGAUGGCCAGCUGCGGUGUCCAUGCUGGCCAAGCCAGUGAGCCCUGCAGAGAGGCUGGUCCCGGGAGGAGGAACCACGCCCAGCUCCCGUGACCUCCACUCACUGACCCUGGCCUGACUUCUGUGCCGACAAAGGAUGCCUCGUAUGGACAUGUACAAUACAUAUAUAUAUUUUUUAAGUGACCUGCCCCUCCCUUCUCAGACCCAACAUGCCCAGAGGUCUCGGGACUUUCCACUUCUGCCCUGCAGACCCAGUGAGGCUCAGCCUGCGACUCCUUCCAUGCCCCUGGUCUCCAGCUAUGCUGAGGCUUUGUCCUCUUUUUGUCAGUUUUCUCCCAUUUUGUUUGUGUUUUUUGUAAUAACUCAGAAAAUAAAAGACUUGAAGGAAA